AUGUGUUCAUCAGUGACUGAUAGCUUUACGUCCUCCCUCUCCACAGUUGGCGUUGCUUUGUGGCCAGUUUUCUCCAGUGCCAACAGCACUGCUGGAAGCAGCAACUCUACCACUCCCAAUUCUCACGUGGUUCUCACCUUCAUUCCUGCCACGUUUGAAAACCUGCAGCACCUCAUGAGGCGCCCGGAGGACGAAGUCGCUUCCCCCGAGGCUCCUCCCACUCAUGGCACUCGCAGUAGUGUGUCCAAGGACUAUGCUGUGUUGCAGACCGAGUCGUCGUCUGAGCCAGCCGCCACCAGCAGUUUUGACCGCGAAGCUCCCACGUCGUCUGCCGCGGAGGAUCCCGCCGCCGGUGAAGUGUGCGACUCGUACGACGCGACGGAAUCUCGCGCUUUUCGACAGCUGACGAGUUCGCACUCCGACCCGGCGCUGUCUUCACAUGGAGCCGAGAAGCACGAGUCGUUGCCACGACAACGAUCGGCCGACUUGCCAGACUUCAACAGCCGGAGUCGACGCAGGACCUCGACACCAUGCCCAGAAGACGCGAGGGACGAAGACGGCAGCACGUCUCCCAAAUCGCAGGAGGCCGAAGGGCCCGCUCGGCGCAUGGUGUCCGUGAGUCUUCCGGUGUACGUCUAUGAUGCACCGGUGUCGGCCGUGAUUGGCCGGUUGGUGUACCAAGGUGGUGUGAGGCAGUGGAAGGACACGUAUCUUGACUUGACCACACGGUCGGAAGAGAAUACGCGGGCUGGAUCCGAACCCAGUUGGGUGGAGUACAAAGCGGAUGGCUCGGAAGGCUCGCCUUACAAAACCAUGUCGCCAGAGCCCAAGUCGGAUGACUCCGAGCUCGGAAGUGACCGCUUUCCAGCGAGAAAACAUUGUUCGCGCCUACGCAAGGCUUUCUCCAAGAGCUUUGUGUAUGGCGUGUUCAGAGCCCUGUGUGAGGGACUGCCCGUGGACAUGCAAGACGUCUCGACCGUUGUGGAGGACGCUUGCGAGGAGACUGCGCUCACUCUCGACAUUACGGAGUUCAUCCAAGCGAUUUGCGGCCACACUCGUGACUUCCGCAUCAAGUCCACCGUGGAACACUCCCACCGAGCAGGCACAGGGGCUCCUCGACACGACGGCAUCAGCAGCAAUGAGACCAGUUGCGAAGGUGUUUUGGUUCUGCCCGUUGAAGAAGCGGAUACCGCAAUCGGUGCAGACGAAAGUCGGCGCACUUCGAGUGACGGGGUCAGCAGCCUGUUCCCGGUGAACCUGCUGAAACGCCACCACCCGUGCGACGUUGUUCAGCAGCUGCACCUGAGCAUCAAGCAGCGAUUCCAGGAGCUGCUAGAGGAGGUGUUCCAGCGCAUUCCUUCGCACCCAGACUACUACUACUUCUGCCCACCGUGCCAACCACGAACCUUGUGGGGACUGACCGACGGAGCCAGCAGGGCUGUUCCGCACAAUGCCGACGCUAUUGCCGAGGAGGAGGGAGCACUUGACUGGGACGACACUGACACGGACCGAUCUCACAACGUCGAAUUCUCCAUGGAUGCUGAGCCUGUAGCUGACGCUGGCCACUCGGGUGAUGAGAAGGGAGCAGCUGCAGCACUCCUUCCGAAACCAGGCCACACCGUCGCAGCCGAGAUCACCAGCAUAGAGUCCUGCGCUGGGUCGGCGCGAUCGCCCCCUUCACCAGGCGAGGACGAUUCCGGUGACGAGGAUGAAGAGGACGAGGAGGAAGUGAUGGAGACCAUUCGAGAGGCCGAGCCUAUGGUCCCACCCCUGUUUGCCCAUCUGACGUGCUUGGUGACGACCAAAUCGGGCUGCGGGUCAUGCUCGCUGACCUCACUGCCAACCUGCCUUGGGGAAGUGAUCAGCUGUCUUGAGUCUCAGCCCGAAGUGGACCUCGAAAGCAUCAAGAUCCGUCUAGACUUCCUCUGCUUGACGUUGCCCCGGACGUCGAGAAGCUGGCGCCCGGUGAUGCACGCCUGUCGUCAUCGUCAAUCAUGUUUGAUUCCGAACGACAGCGCCAGGACGAGGACGCGGAAAGCAUCGCCUCUAUUGGCUGAAGUGGAUGCUGAAGGACGAGAUGGCCUCGGCAGCCCUCAACAGCUUCCCGCUGACAGCGGAGGCGUUGCACAUGGUCGCGGAGCACGUCCGGAGCACCGCGGAGGCACGCACCACCACGCGUUUGCACGCCACUACCGGUGCCCCGGGUGUCAGGUGCAGAAGGUGCCGCUGCAGUUUGUCUUUGGGCCGGAGCAGAGUUUCGGCAAGUUCCUGCAGGAAUUCAAGCACCUCACACUGCCAGGCUACCAGCUAGAGCAAGUGGAUAAAGAUCACUACUGCAUUGUCUUGGACGACAAAGAUUCCAAGGUGGUGCGGAGGCCCUUUGGGUCGCUCGUACCUCCCCUUGGGCUGAGAAGCAAGGCACUGGAAAUGACGACAGCGUUGCCUCAUGAAAAGGCAGGUGCUGAUGCUGCCGAAAUGAGGGGCUCCCGCCAGAAGUCCAUUGGCCCAGACGCCAAAGAACCAGCUGAAGCUCCUGUAGAGCUCGUGGACGAGAGUGGCUCCUCGGAGCAACAAGAUGGAGGUUUCCGGGAUCGCACCGACAGCCUAGCCUCGUCCCUGGGCCAUGGCAUGGCAUUCCGACCGCCACAACACCUGCUAGAAUCGACGCGCUCCACGCCCAAUGCACUCAGUGAGGUUGGCGGACAGAUCAGCAACACCGAGGACGGCUAUGACGGUGACAGCAGCGAAUCGGACAGCGACCGUGACUGGAUGAAUGCGCUGGAGACCCAGCGUUCCCACUUGCCUCCCUUCUGGAUGAUCCUCUGCCCGUUUCUCGACCACGUCGACAUCUUUUUCCACGUUCGGUGA